GUAUCAUUUUCAUCGCCUGCAAUCUUUUGUUUAAAUCAUUUUCAUUUUUAGUCUUUCACUGUUUACCCUUUGUUUUGUUUCUAACGUGAUCUCAUUUUUCUUCAGUUUCUUCAAAAUGUCUCCUCAAAGAGAAUCUUUUCUUUCAAUUUUAUUCUUUUUAAUAAUCAUUGAUGGAUCAAUGGCAAGUCUCGGUAUUUUUAAUGGACUACCUGGGUUUCCUUUCUCAUCAUCCUCCGCUAACGCUGAUCAAGAUGCUUCGGCAAGUGAACAAUGGCCCAGCUUUGUAAGGAUUGUUGAUGUUGCUGAUUUACCUUCUUUAUUGUUUGCUCAUCCAAAUGCCACUAACCGCCAUUCAUCUGGCUCUAUCUGGUCCAAUAUCUUCAAUAUAUUUACUGAUGGCUCCGAGGGUACUAUCAACGAUGAGAUGGAACGUGAAAACGGCGCUUGGUUUGCUAUUCCCGGUUGGAACAAAGCCAUGUUUAAUGGUACUGGCUUAGGUCAUUCUAUUUUACCCGGCUUACUGGUCCCAGCUAAAAUUGAACCUGGCCAAAUCAAUGAUGUUGCAAAUUCACCUCUCAGUCCUCUGUUUAACAAUUUCUCAAACAUAUUUCCACUCGGAUUUUUGUUCAACCAUGGUCAAACACUCAACCUCAAUCCUUUCAAUCUCCCAUUCUUUCCUGAGUCAAAUGCUGUAAACCCAUUGGAAGGUUUCAAAGCUGGAUCUUUAGCGCCUGAAAAAGCUCAACCUGCCGUUGAAUCAGCUGAAAUCAAACCCUUACCAGAAAAUAGUGAGACUGUAACGGAAACUCCAAAAACAAAGGAAGCCCGACGAAUAAAUAAGAUCCGUUCAAUUCUUCGAAGAGCUCUAAAUAUCGAAAAUGAUGAAAAUUCUAAUGUUAAAGAGGGCGAAAAAGUUGUUAAUCUCAUUGAACCUGUACAAGAAACUGGAAUGCAAAUGGAGCCAAUUCCUUCAACUGAAUCUUAUCCUGAAUCUAAUUCUGUAGAGCAUGGGCAUGAAGACACUCGAUCAUUUGGACUUCUAAGCUCACUUGCUACUCUAUUGGCUGGUACUUCAUUAAAGACUUUAACACACGACCCUCAAUCCCUAGGAACCUUACACGAACCAACAUUUAAUAACGGUCAACAAGGUCAAAAUCAACUUUUUGGCUCUAACUAGUUUUGUAAAGAAAAAAAUGUAAAACGUUUUUAGAUUACGCUUUUUUUUAUUAAUUGGCUCUUAAAGUGGCCAAUCAAAUCACUUAUCAUUGUUUUAAUCUGACAAAUUUAUCAAUUGUUGAAUAAAAAUUAGCAAAUAAAAAAUGAAUUGUUGAUCA